AUGAUUCAUGACAUACGACUCAACCGUACGAAAUGCAUCUUCGCCACGUCAUCGCUCGAAUGCCUAGGUCAUUGGAUCGACCGCCACGGCUUGCACAAAUCGGAUAAGCACGUUGAAGCUAUACGUGACGCACCACGUCCGACCACCCCGGAGGAAUUACAGCUAUUCCUAGGUAAGGCAACCUACUAUAGUGCGUUCAUUCCCUAUCUUUCUUCAAGGGCUAGAAGUUUACGCGACAUGUUGCUAACCGAUCCAUUCGAAUGGACACCCGAAGCAGACAGGGCCUAUCAAGACUUAAAGCGGGUUCUGGUCUCACCCCAAGUGUUAAUGCAAUAUGACGCUUCUCUACCGCUAAUUCUUGCAACGGACGCAAGCAAAACUGGUCUUGGUGCCGUUCUCUCACACCGUUUGAGCAAUGGCAUGGAGCGACCGAUAGCAUACGCCAGUUGUACAAUGUCCGCCACCGAACAACGGUACCCACAAAUCGACAAAGAAGCUCUCGCCAUCGUUUGGGCGGUGAAGAAAUUCUUCCACUACCUAUACGCGCGUAAGUUCACGCUGAUUACGGAUCAUAAGCCGCUUACGCAAAUCCUCCAUCCAGAAAAAUCACUCCCUACGCUGUGUAUUAGUCGAAUGGCAAACUACGCCGAUUACCUGGCUCACUUCAAUUUCGACGUGGUCUACAAACCAACCAGUCAAAAUACGAAUGCCGACUACUGCUCCAGAAUCCCAAGCCAAACGGUACAAUCUGAUGUCAAUCGCUUGUCUCUCCACGAGGGAAGAAAUAACGAAGACGAGUUUGAACAGUUUUCCUUACAUCAAAUUCAGCAACUGCCAGUGCGAGCGGAACACAUUGCACGUGAGUCACGAAAGGACACGAACCUUGGAAGGAUCAUUCAAGAACUGGAAUUGGGACGAAAUUUAAUGCAGCUGAGUUACAAGGCACCGGAAGCAAAAUACACCCUAGUUGCUAACUGUCUACUCUUUGAGCACCGUGUUGUCAUACCACCUACUCUUCGGCAAACGAUCUUGAACGACCUUCACGUGGGACACAUCGGAAUCGUCAAAAUGAAGGGAUUGGCACGUUCUUUCGUAUACUGGCCAGGGAUAGACACCGACAUCGAAAACACGGCAAGAUCCUGUACGGAAUGUGCACAACAUGCAUCAGCACCACCGAAAUUCAACACACAUCAUUGGGAGUACCCGAACGGUCCAUGGGAGCGAAUACACGUCGACUACGCUGGCCCAGUGGCAGGUUCGAUGCUGCUAAUCGUCGUCGACGCAUAUAGCAAGUGGGUUGAAGUUAAAAUCACCAACUCAACUACAACUGCUGCCACGAUCAGUCUUCUCGAUGAAUUGUUUGCCGCCUACGGAACACCAAUAACAGUUGUAUCGGACAACGGUCCUCAAUUUACUGCCGAGGAAUUCAAAUCGUUUCUCCAGCGUAGUGGAGUGAAGUACCACAAGCUCUCUGCGCCCUACCAUCCCGCAACAAACGGACAAGCCGAGCGCUACGUCCAGACUGUAAAAAAUGCACUUAAGACGAUGGGAUCAACCAGCAAUACUCUGCAAGCCAACACCAACGAAUUCCUGCAGCAGUAUCGAAAAGUUCCCCAUCCCGAAACCGGAGAAUCACCAGCAAAGUUAUUUCUUGGUCGAAACAUCCGAACCCGGUUGGAUCUCGUCAGACCACAGGAUGUCAGCACGAAGAUAGCGGAAAAACAACGAGUAACGUUUGACUCGUCGUUUCGUUCCUUCACACCCGGACAACACGUCUACUGCCUGUCGGGAAAUCCUCGAAUGGACAAGUGGAUCCCAGGAAUUGUAUCUGCUCGUCUGGGAGAUCUCCACUACGACAUUGUUUACGAAGGAAAACAUCUAAAACGUCAUGUUGAUCAAAUUCGACGUUUCCACGACAACGAGUGCAGCCAGCAGUGCACCCAGUCUCCAAGUGAAUCAAGCUCGAAUAGAACCCUACAAUUUCCACCGAGUGGAACAGGUGAGGCAUCUCGUCGUACACAUUUUUAUCGAGAUAUCGUGACGUCACCGCAAUUCGACCGAGAAUCAAGUUCAUCGUCAGAAUCGUCGUCUGAGGGAUCCGACACACUAAAUGGACGGUUCUUAACACCGAAUAGCAGUCCAGGCCGGUCAAUCGAAGGCUCACCACCAGUAUUGCGUCGUUCGGAAAGACAAAGUCGCCCACCGCGUCGAUAUUCACCAUAG